UAGGAUUUAAUCGAAGGGUGGAGAAAGCUGCGUCAAAAUAACGCUAGAAGAAGCCUCACUGAAAUUCGAAAACCCUUGAAAUAUAUAAACCCUCGCUCACCAGUGCUCAUUUUUCUUUUCUCAGCGCGACGAAACCAAACCACUUCAUUCCAUGGCUUUGCCCAAUCAGCAAACCGUUGAUUACCCUAGCUUCAAGCUUGUCAUCGUCGGCGAUGGUGGCACAGGAAAAACAACAUUCGUGAAGAGGCAUCUUACUGGAGAGUUUGAGAAGAAAUAUGAACCUACAAUUGGUGUGGAAGUGCAUCCAUUGGAUUUCUUCACAAACUGCGGCAAGAUUCGCUUCUACUGCUGGGAUACUGCUGGACAAGAGAAGUUUGGUGGUCUCAGAGAUGGAUACUAUAUCCAUGGGCAGUGUGCGAUUAUAAUGUUUGAUGUUACUGCCCGACUGACUUACAAGAAUGUCCCUACCUGGCACCGUGACCUUUGCCGUGUUUGUGAAAACAUCCCUAUUGUUCUUUGCGGCAACAAGGUUGAUGUGAAGAACAGACAAGUAAAGGCAAAGCAGGUUACCUUCCACAGAAAAAAGAAUUUGCAGUACUAUGAGAUUUCAGCUAAGAGCAACUAUAACUUUGAGAAGCCUUUCUUGUACCUAGCCAGGAAACUUGCAGGUGAUCCUAACUUGCACUUUGUAGAAUCUCCUGCACUGGCUCCACCAGAAGUUCAAAUCGAUUUGGUUGCACAACAACAACAUGAGAAUGAGCUUCAACAAGCUGCUAACCAACCACUUCCUGAUGAUGACGACGAUGCAUUUGAGUAGAACUUGUGCGAACCCACCAUCAUCUUGAGUGUAUGCUUACUGUGUGUUUCGGAGGCUGUAUCAUUCACAUUUUUGGAUGUGGAUUUGAGGAUCUGAAUUCAACCAGAAUGGAAUAUUUUAGUUGAACUGAAUCGUAUUGCUGUUGCUGUGGGCAUUAAUUCUAGUAUCACAGCCCUUUUUUUUUACAUGUUCUGCGUCUUAAAAAAUACUGCCAUCUAUGCUUUUGGUUUCAUAUACAAUUCUUAUUUUCUUAGACUCGUAUGUUAAAGUGAUGUGAUAUUUAGUUUUAGAAGUUUUAUAUCUGGAUACAAAAAA